AUGUCGUGGCUCUGGAAGGGAGAUGCAAACUCUCCAGCAUCAUACGAAAAGGCACUGUCCAAGUUGUCUAGUCAGAUCACUGCCGCGAACCUCACCCUCGACACGAGUCGCAGUCGAAGCCGUCGAGCCAAAGCACUAUGGACUCUUUACACGACCCUGACAUACCUCCUCUACACCCUGGUGAUUGUUCUUGUUCUUGGACCACAGAAUUGGUCACUCUACCACUAUGGUGGUCUUGUCGGCGGACCGAUCACUAUCUUCGCUGUCAGGAAACUCAUCUCAGUGAUCUUUGACUGGAGUAUAGAUCGACAGCAAACGCAUCUGGAUCACCUUCAAAAGCGGAGGGACACAAAGAUUGCCGAAUUGAAGAAAGCUACAAAAUACGACAGCACACAAGAGCUGCUACAGAAGUACGGAGCUGCGCCUCCCUCGAAGACACCGUCGAAGCCACCACAACAGGGAACGAAACGAAAGGUCAAUCCUCAGCCCGAACGCCCAGCGGCGCAGAGAACAGGAAUCCCGCCACCACCCACAGCAAACAUUCCUGGUAGAAACAUCCAGUCCACUCCUCCGCCACGGCCCAACGUCAACAUCAGUCCUGGCUCUCCUAUCCAAGGCCAGUCCCCGUUGGCUGCAGCGGCGCUUCCCCACAGCCCCACGGACAUAGCACCAGAUGCUCCGGGAUUCGCUCUAAAUGCAUUCGGCAAUGUACCACCACCGAGUACAGCAUAUGAGCGUACGCCUCACUGGUAUGACCGGUUCUUGGAUGUGCUGCUUGGUGAGGACGAAAUGGCUGCUAAGAACAGAUUGGUGCUUCUGUGCUCCAAUUGUCGCUUGGUCAACGGCCAAGCUCCGCCGGGCGUCAAGACAUUGGAGGAGCUAGAUCGGUGGAGAUGCAGUGGCUGUAGUGCUUGGAACGGGGUCGAAAGUGAAGGAGCGAAAGUGGUCAAAGAGAUUACCGGCGCGUCCAAGAUACACAACGGCGAGGAUUGGGAACAAAUCCCCCCUGGUGGGGAGCUACAUGAAGAAGAAGAAGAAGAAGACGACGAAGAACAUGAAGACCCUCGGGCUGAUCUGAAAGCUUUCCAUGACACACCUGAAAAUGUCAAGGGGCCAACGGGUCGUGAGGACGAUGACGAUAGUGGCAUCACAAAGCGGGUGACUCGAAGUACAGGCAAGAAGGGGUCAUAUGAAGCACUCGAGUGA